CAUAUUUAAGGUUUCUGGUGGAGGAUGGAUUUAAAAUAUCUCCCUGUUUCUGCUACAACUUGAUGGCUGGUGAUCACCCAGAAUAACUGGGCUCAUCGUGGGACUGGCCUGAACACAGCCAGAUUCCCACGACCCCUCCUCUACACGCACGCACAAACACACACACACACACACACACAAAUCAAAACACAACUGCAGAGCCGCGCAAGCAGUGAGGACACAGAGGCAGAGCGGCUUUGCACCACUUUUAGUAAGACUGUUUUCACUAAAAAAAAAGCUUCAUUUCAGGAUCCGCAGCGCCUUCUUUUGCGCUGCGCACUGGCUCACACAGUAGAGAAAAGGAUGAAAAACCUCCUAAUGUGAAUAGGAAUACUGCAAAAUUCUGGAUUUAACACACGGAGGAGUGGGAGGAAUAACGCAACUCAUGGUUAUUUAUUUUGAUGAUGCCGAGGAGCCAGUUUCUGCUUCGGAUUUACGUCCAAAAACAAGUCUGAAGCCAGAGGAUGACAGCAGCCGGUCCUGUCUGCAGCCCCGCCUCCUCCCACUCUUCCCAGCCAUCACCUGUUUGCCUCCCAGCAUGCCAGAGACACCUGAUGAAAGGCAAAUCCCUCCAGACCAAACUGCCCUUGCGCUCUGCCCCAGGUGUGUGGCUCCUGCUGGGUGCAGUGGUGGUUUUGGUUGGGAUGGCUGUUGCGGUGGCAGGCUACGUGUCCGCAGCACCAAAGCCCGUCAGCGUCAGUCGAGGCAGCACCCACAUUGAGCGGAUGAAACUGGCUGGCCCCGUGAUCAUGGGAGUGGGCCUGUUCAUCUUCAUCUGCGCCGCCACGCUACUGUACGAGAACCGGGAUCUGGAAGUCCUCAGACGAGAGUCACCUGAUGAUCUUGAGGAUCUGAAGGGAGGAGACGGCUGGGAGGAUUUGCAGGAGCAGCCCAGCAUCAGCUGUCAGGAGCAGUGGGAGUGCAAAGAUGGAGAGCAGGGAUCCUGGAGCGCUUUGACCCACGCGCUCCCACUGUCGAACCAGAACUGUGGAGCUCCUCUUAACCCACCUCACAGGAACACACACAACACUGGCAGCAUGCCAUCACCGCCGCCUCCUUCAGAUGCCGGAGGUGGAGAUAGGGAGGAGGUGGAAGAGCAGGAGAAGGAGGGAAGAUCCACUGUGUUGGCCCGAGUUCUGCACCACAGGGAGCCAACUCCUCACCCUCCCUCCCCGUCCAUCUCCCACUCCUCGGUCUACUCAGACUCUUGCAACUCCAGUGAAAUCAACUUCAACAUACGGACAGGCUUUCCUCAACACUGAACCCCCCAACUGGAUCAACUUCUACUGUAUCAUAAAAUAUGCAUGAGAUUCAAAUGGAAGUUUCACGUGCAGACACACUAGGACAAGACUGUGCAUUCCUCAAUGAACUGAUGAAAUGUUUGUUGGUAUGUUUUAGUGCCUCCGAGUGGCGCAGUGACUCUGAGUCACUGUCUGUGAAGGGUGUUUUGUCCUACAUCGUUCUCUGACUCACCCACGUUUGAAAGAUUGAAGCUAUGCUGUUUGAUGUCAACUCGCCAUCUUGUUGUCUUUGAACUAACCCAUGCCCCAAGAAUCCCUAAAGCCACUGCUUGUUUGACCAUAUUUGGACGUGAGAAGGAUUGCUGAAAACUUAUUUGGGUGCAGUACUGGCAGAUGGACUCACUCCCUCUCUCUCUCACACACACACACACACAUGAAGUGGUACAACGUCUUCACUUCUUUGCUGGAGAGGUUUUUGUUAAGUGGAUGAGCCAGAUUAGGUUUUAAAUGAGUCUUUAUCUAAUCUCACACAUACUGUAAUCUACUCUUUAUCUGAGGAAAUUGCGUCUCGGUAUAAACAGGAGAAGCACACAGGGCCACACUCUUCCUCGACACCUACAUCCACGCUAUAAAUACCAGCUGCUGCGCUGUACACAUGCAAGUGUAGACUCCAGUUUCAGUAUUUUUCUGUAAUUCAACUUAUUUUUUUUUUUUAAUUCACAUUGUCAGCUGCUCAGUUUUCUCCCUUUUUCAUGUGUUGUGAGUUGAGAUAUAUAUAUACGAAUUUCAAUCAGAUGGUUGAUAGAAAAAAAGAGCAAUGACUGAAAGGCCAAAUCUGGUAAGGCUGUUAUGAGUUAUCCCUGACACAGCUUAACUGAGUAAAGCAAUCCUAUGGGUCGUGUAACUGAAGCCUCACUCUCCCACCAUUCCAACCUUUAAUCUGCUCUCGGUUCAUCAUCUGAUUCCUACGCUUUAUUCAAAUACCCCAUCCUCCAUCUCAAUCCUUUGCUUCUGCAAAACAUCAACAUAAGCAAAACAAUGCAAAGUAAAAUGUUUUUUGGGGUCCAAUUAAGUAAAAGUGAGCCCGUUUGAACAGUCUGAGAGGUAAAGGGGGUAGGAUUUUAAUUAUCGCCUGAAUUUUCUCCUCCAGCCUCUAAUUACACAGGGGAUCAGUCUGAAGGUUUUUAUAGGUGCUUUAGGACCGCAGAGUAUUUCCUUGUUGUUCAGGCCCAUGCUGGGAUCCUGCCAUCCAGAUGACGACUGAGACUGAAGCGUACAAUAAUUUUGAGCCUCACAUUUUACUCACUAACAACUCCUAGCUCUGUCUUUUUCUCUCUCACUCUGUCAAACACACACGCACACACACACACACAGAGACUCAGUAGAAAAUUUUGUGUAGGUACAUAAUGGCGUUAUAAGAUGCUGGAUGUAUUUCAGUAGCAGUUAUGAGUUGGGCAGAUGUGUCUGAAUCUUGACUAAAUCUUGUAACAAGCCUUCUUCACACUUAUAGCUGAGAAAAGCAGCUCUCUGCUCACUCACUCUCACACAUACACAAGUCCUUCUCACUGUGAGAGAUGCUCUGAUGUGUUUACAU